ACUGUAGUUUGAACAGGCUCUGACUGCGUCUGCGCGUUACUUGAACUAUCGCGAGAUUUCACCCAGGGCAGCGCGACAAUAAAAUGUCUCCAUUAGAAAUCCAGGUUUAACUCCUUGUUGGCUGCUUAUAAUAAUAAAGGACAUCAUUCAGCUGAUAUAAAGACAACUUGGAUUGCAUGCUGCUGUGUUACCACCAUCAGUUGCUUCUAACUGAAGCAACAUCAUGAGGCGAAAGAUGAGGAGGAGGUUAGUUCAGUCUGUCCUCUGAUCUGUAUGGAGGAUGUGGUUCUGCACUAUCAGCCUGGAUCAGCUGCUGGGCUCAGCUCUCUGUUAGAGAGGACAGAGAAGCUUCUGGAGCCUUUCCCCUGUCGGAUUCCUCCAGUCUUCACCCGCUGGUACCCCUCCUCCACAGACCACCACCUGCCCAUCAGACCCGCCAAACCUGCUCCUGUCAUCACCUGCUCGGAUGACUUCUUCUUCUCCGACAGCAGGACGCACACCCCUCAGAUCCAGCCCCAGAAACCUGAAGUUGAUGGUCCACCUGCGGAGACACCUGAAAAUCCACAAGAACCCAAAGAUGUCGCCUGCAUCUCCGAAACUCCAAACUAUCUGUUCCCAGAGAGAGAGGUCCCCAGACUUCACACUGAGAAACACAAAGAUGUCUUUCCUGUCACAGAGUCGCCGGUCAAACGGUCCUGGAGCAUUUUCUCACAGAAGGGAGGUAUGCAGAGCUCCCAGUCUCUGUCCAAACAGUUCCGUCACAUGGUGUCCCUCCACAGGCUCCACCUCCACCAGAGGGCCAAAUGGGUGAUCAGGCAGCACAACUGUGGGGCGACCAGGGACAUCGAACAGGUGUGGCGAUCUCUGAACCGCUCCGUCCAGAGCUCCACUCUACCGACGUGUAACGCCAACAUCCAGAGGGAGCGGGCGGAGAUCUGGGUGUUCUGUGACGUGGUCCACUCGGAGCAGGUGGGGUCUCUCCUAAAGGACGAGCUGCAGCUGACGGGGAGGAUCCGCCUGUCGGUUCACAGGCUGGACAACAUCUUCAGCAUGUAGACGCACAACAGGUGGAUCAGCCUGACUCGGACUCCAGUGAUGUUGUACAGCUUCAGAUGAGAUCCAGAAGAGCAAACACAUUAAUAUAUGCUUAUAAUCAAAGUUCUGUUUUAUGAUGAAAUACUUGACUUGAAAUUGUUUCCAAGCUUCGGGCUGGAAGAAUCCUAAUGAUAUCACCUGACCUCCAUCAAGGUGUAUUAUAUGUAUCCAGCAUACCAACAGCAAAACACAUUUUAUGCACCUUGAAAGAAUCAGUAUCAAUUUAAGUGGAAGCUUAUAUUUAGGGCCUGUGUCCACACAGCGCCUUUUUCUGAGAGCCAGUGUCAUUUUUCAAUGUUUUUAAUGGGAAGGGAGCCGUUGAAUUCUGCUGUCUAAUGUAAAAGCUCUGCAUCUAGCAUCUUUGUCCUCAGCGCUGAGCCAUUUUCGUGCAGUUGGGGAAAAGAAUGACAUUUUCAGAAAAGCACUGGUAACGUCACUGUAGAAAUUGUAGGAGAAGUUUUCUUUUUUUUGUUAGAUGAAACGCUGGGUGGAGGCACUGCCAAGAGCCCUCACAGUGCCUUGAUGUCAGAAGGUGACGCUAUGUGGACACCUGGCCUUAGAAUAUCUCACCGCUUUAGCUUUCUGUUACAGCCCUUUUUUGGCCAGAAACUGAGCUGUCUCUCUGAACUAACCCUUUAUAACACAAAAGUCACUCAACAGCACAAACAAACUAUAACGACCGGAGCACACAGACCAGCAGCUCCCAUGUUCAAGUUCAAGGCUUUCAAUAUAUAAUGGUCUCGAGUUCAAAAUAAUAAAACGGAAACACAAAAAGUAUUUAUCAACAGUAAAAACAUAUCUAUCUUUGCAGUAUUUCCAUCGCACACACUAUAUACCUUUACAGAAUCUGUUAUUUUACACUAAAGUAGAUCAACGUACUACUAACAAAAUAGGAUACUAUUACAUACGAGUUGCCGUUUAUUGCAAUUACAUACAGUUGGAAAGGGCUGUCUGACGAUAAGGUAAAGCAGUGGAAAUAUUCUAAAUAAAGAAUUCACUGAUAUUGAUAUUAUCUUUACUGUUUGAAAAUGGUUUCAAGGUGGCUAAAAUAAGUUUUGCUGAUGACCCUUCCACAUCAGUAAAUUGCUUAGAUUACUGGCUGCUUCUACAAACUGGGGCAUGCUAACCACUAUCCAUAGUCAAUACUCAUCACCAAUAUUCCAAAAACAUGAUCAUAACCAGGAUACUGAUCCACAUGUUAACACCAUAGACUGUAUAUAUAACACACAACCGUUUUUAAAUCAUCAGCAAUUCAACAUACAUUCAGUCAUAAAAGCUAGUAAACCACAUACACAACAAUUUUUUUAAUUGCCUGUUUUCAAAUGUAACAUUAUUUCUCUCAUGACCACAUUGUACAAGUGUGUGAUUUUUUAAUAAUUCAUAUAAAUAUACUUCAUUAAUGAUUGAGCUGAACUGAAGGGGAUUGAAGCCUCAACCAAAAUUGAAUUUUGUGCCAAAUUCCAGUUUGUUUUUAAAUGCUUAUGAAUUCAUUAAGAGAUGCUUUAGAUUGUAUUUAAAUAAUAUAUCUCUUCACUUUGCAAUGUAAAUAAAGGUUUAUUUGUUUUUAA